AUGAAAGAUUCACAUUUCUUUGUCAUUCGACAAUACUAUAGUCUUCACAGUUGCUCAUUAAUGAACCGAAAUGCCAAUCAUAGACAAGCAUCCAGUCGUGUUAUUGAUUCUCGUGUACAAGGACACUUUAAGAAUAGUAAGGACCCACUCAACCCAAGAGGCCUCGCAGGAUUCAUGCGUGAGGAAAUGAAAGUUCAAGUCAGUUAUUGGAAAGCUUGGAAAGGAAAACAAUGGGCUCAAAAUUUGAUUAGAGGAAUGGCCAAAGAAAAUUUUGCCUUGCUCCCUUCAUAUUGUCACAUGUUGAAGCGAGAAAAUCCAGGUGUGGCCAUAAGAGGGUUCACUUACAUGAGGAAAAUAAUUGGUAUUGAUGCGGCUUGGAUCAAAACUAAGCAUAAGGGUGUGUUAUUAGUAGCAACUACACAAGAUAGUGAAUAUCAUACUUACCUCAUUGCAUGGGGUUUGGUUGACAGUGAGAAUAACGCUUCAUGGACAUGGUUCUUAGAGAAGUUGAAGGAGUUGAUACCUGAUAGCUCAGACUUAUGUUUUAUUUCUGAUAGACAUCAAAGGACUAAAUUGUAUAAGAAAGCUGUAAUAGCGUACCGUAUCGAAGAGUUUAAUAAACACUUCGACCAACUUCGCAAAAUAUAUCCACGUGUCGCUAAGUAUCUUGAGAAUGAUGUCAAGUUCAGAAAGUGGUCUAGAGCACAUUUUGGUGGUAAUCGAUAUGAAGUCAUGACCACUAACAUAGUUGAGUCAGUGAACAAUUUGAUGCGAAAGGCAAGAGAGUACCCUAUUAUUUCUAUGAUCGAUUUUAUCAUAAGCACAAUGGGACAAUGGUUCCUUGAACGUCGACGGGAAGCAUAUGCAGUGACAACUCCAUUGACACCGAGGAGGGAAGAAAUAUUAUGUAAAAGAUGGGAUGAAGUCGGUUCAUUGAUAACUCUCCAGUUAAACGAGAAUGAGUACAAUGUGAUGUGUGGAAAACUCGAUGCAAUAGUAAAUUUAAGGUCAAAGAGUUGCACGUGCAAAGUUUUCGAUAUUGAGAACCUUCCAUGUAUCCAUGCAAUAGCAGCAGCAGGAAAGGCACAACCCCAAAAAUAUUGGUUAUUGGCAUAUGCUGAAACUAUUUAUCCUGUUCCUCCAAACUCACAAUGGACCGACAUUCCUGAAGAUGUUAUUACAGUAUAA